UGAUCUAUUGGACACUGACUCAGUUGCUGUCCCGAGCUGCAGCUCAUCGGACUCGUACAGCAGCAUAGGUAUCCAUCACAACACCUUACCUACCUGAUGAAGUUUCCCCGCAUCUCUCUGCGCCUUCCACUCAGCUUCCAUCCAAACUUCACUUUUAUUGUGGCGGAAAAGGAAAGCAGACAGAGCUCCCGCCUGCGUCCCGGAUUGCUCCUCCCAGUUGAACCCAAUCUGUCAUAACCAGUGCUUGGCUUUGCCAAUGACUGGAAGUAGCGCCCCACUCUGCGAAAGUUCAAGAAUUUGAACCUCGAGUUGGGUUCCCUGAACACUCUCUGCCCACGCUUGACUCACAUCCGAUGCCAACUCACGGUCUCUUGAUAUCUCAGCAGUUUUACAGCACAUCGUCUACAGUUCUAACCGUAUUCGACAGCGCUGGUCGGCGAAAGCAGCAAAACACAGACUUGGGCACCAUAUCGUCGGUAAUCCUCAGUCAUCUCAAUAUCACGGUCCCAUCUUCACGUGCUGAUCUUGCGCAGUAGUAGCUGCCCCUAUUUCGACAUAUAACAUAUCGAAUCAAGGAAGUCGAUAUUCAGUCGAAAUGCCAGGCCAACUGGCUGAUCUGAGCAGCCUGGAUGCUCGCUCCGCUGCGCUGAGAGAGAAACUCAGUCGAAGUCGCCGCCAGAACAGCACGACCAUUUCUAAAGAGUCGAGCAAGGUGUCGUUAGGUGCGACUGAUGACGAUAUUCAGGACUUGAUCACCUCGAUACGGGUUACAUCUGGAGUCAACGAUGAUAACCCACAGCCCUCGUCGUCGUCGUCCGAUGCCUUGUCAAGAAACCAUCAGGCCCAUGCUGCUAACUCAACCAAGUACACCUCACAAGAGGAGGUCUAUACGAACACUUCACAGCCCCUUUCAUUCAUGAAUGCCGUGACGAGCAACCAUCAUGGGCUACCACACUGUCAAGAGACACUGGUCACACGGACAACGUCUUCCACCGGCUCACAGCCACACACAGGCAAUGUAGAAGUCUCAUCGUCAGCUUCCCACGCGAUACAAGAGCUACUCGAGCUUGCUCCCGACAUCAAAGACUGGCUUGAAAUGACCGAGUACCACAACACAGAGGUUCGCACAGUAAAGUUGGACCGUUUUCGGCGCUUAAGAGACCUCGCGGCCAAGAAAAAGAGACUCGAGGAGGAGGAACGAAAGCUUUUGGAAGAAGCUGAGAAUGAUUCCUGGCCACGGCAACCUCAGAACAAGGCCACACCCGCGCCUUUGGUUACUCGCGUACAGAGUGUCUCAGAGACGAGACAAAGCUUACCUACUCCCAUCACCCCCAACAAACCCGAGCCUGAGGGCAAAGAAAUUACUAGCGCAAUGUUUCUGACUUCAGGCAUCAUGCACACGGCGACAAAGAGAGCGCACCCUGAGGAAGGGGCUGACACGCAAGGAAGAGAUAAGCUUCCUCGAACUAACCACCAAGAUGUCCAGAGAGAAGACAACAACCCAGUGGAUGAGAGCAGACGCCUAGAGCUCGCGGACAGUCGUUCUAGCCACCCUCGGCAGGAUUUUGGGCGCCCGCCCCCCUGCUGGCAUAACUACAAGGAGCCGUCCAACUUCCAGCGUUCUCGGAGCCCGCCGAGAGGUCCUUCAUUCCGUCGGGAAUAUGGUGAUGACCGGCCUCAGUCGAGGUAUGAUAGCUACAAAGGACGUCGGGAUUCGGCUCAUCAUGACAGAGAGAACGGAAGAUCACGACGUCUAGACUUUGGACGUCGAGGUGAUACUCGAUUCUUCAUCGUCAAGUCUUUUAAUGAGCAGAAUGUCGAACAGUGUAUGGAAGAUAAUAUUUGGACAACGCAGGCCAAAAACAGCUCGACAUUUACCGAGGCCUUCAACCAGUGUAGGAACGUUAUCCUGUUCUUUUCGAUCAACCAGUCUGGCCACUUUCAAGGCUACGCCCGGAUGACAACCGCACCGUCGUCGAAGAUCCCACGGCCCUGUUGGAUGAAGAGCCUGCCCUGGGGCACCAGCGAGCCGUUCAGACUGGAAUGGUUGAGCACCACACCCCUCGAGUUCCGAAGAGUCCGUCGAGUUACAAAUCCGCUCAAUGAGGGCUUGCCGGUUUUUGUGGGCAAAGACGGACAGGAAAUCGAAACCAGCGUUGGACAGGAACUGUUGAAUGAGAUGGAUUUGGAGCGGGAGCGGAGGUGGGACGAAGAUCACCGCGGUAGGUUGGUAUCGGACUACCAGAGGGAUGAGGAUUAUCACCAUGGGACUAUGGUGAAGCGCGAGUCGUCCACUUAGAGAAAGAGGGCAAUUUCGGAUGCGGUAGAGGUGUGGAAAAGCUUGUACACAUAGUUUGGGGGGAAACAACAGCGCUGAUUUAUACAAGGUGUUGGUUUAUGUGAGGCAGAACAUUGUGUUUAUCGGGAUAUCAAAAAACCCUUCUAAAGUGCCACAACUGCCCUCCCUGUAAAAUGAUCAAGUUGGAGACUUU